AUGGCUGCCGUUGGUGUACGGUUGGCUGGCCUUCCUAGGUCAUGCGUUCUCUUGCCUCUCCGACAUUUACGGUCUACUGCCUUUCUUUCAAAAUAUAAAAUUAUAUCCCCACCAGAGGAGCAGAACACUAUGUCUGAAGGCCUGGAUACAAUGGCCAGAAAGUUACUUCUUUCUGAAAUUGUUAAAGGAUUUGGAAUCACUUUUGCGACACUUCUUAAAGAACCAGCAACUAUAAACUAUCCUUUCGAGAAAGGGCCGCUUAGUCCGCGAUUUCGUGGUGAACAUGCACUCCGUCGUUACCCCAGUGGUGAAGAACGCUGCAUCGCCUGCAAGCUCUGUGAGGCCAUAUGUCCUGCUCAAGCAAUAACCAUUGAGGCCGAACCUAGAGAAGAUGGCAGCAGAAGAACGACGCGCUAUGAUAUUGAUAUGACGAAGUGCAUUUACUGCGGCUUUUGUCAAGAGGCUUGCCCGGUUGAUGCUAUCGUUGAGGUAAUUUUUCUUUGGGGUACACUUCGGUAA